ACCAACACAUACACAUCAAACAACAAACUCCAUAAUUUGCAUUAUUCUUCUCAUCUCACACCUACACCAACCCUCCCAUAUCUAAUCUAUAAUCUAACUAUUUUCUAUCCAAUCCAUCUCAACAUAAACACACAGAAGAGAGAUAAACAAAGAAGAACAAUAGGAUUCUUAUGGGAGUUUGCUUGAGAUAAGGAAAAGUUGAAAUUUUCCAUAAAGGGAGCAAGCACAGCGUGUGGUUUAAAGAUGGGUUCUUUAUGUGAUUUUUGCGGAGACCAGAGGUCUUUGGUGUACUGCCGCUCUGAUGCUGCUUCCUUAUGUUUGUCGUGUGAUCGAAAUGUUCAUUCUGCUAACGAACUUUCUAAGCGUCAUUCAAGAACACUUGUAUGCGAGAGGUGUAAUUUACAACCUGCAUAUGUGAGGUGUGUUGAAGAGAAAGUUUCACUUUGUCAGAACUGUGAUUGGUCAGCUCAUGGUACCAAUCCAUCUUCUUCAACACACAAGAGGCAAUCAAUCAAUUGCUUCUCUGGCUGUCCUUCAGCUUCCGAGCUUUCUUCAAUAUGGCCCUUUUUCUCAGACAUCCCUUCUACGGGUGAAGCAUGUGAACAUAAACUCGGUUUGAUGAGCAUUAAUGAGAACAGUGACAACAGUGCUAGGGUUCCUCCAGAAAGCAAGAAUGUGUCUGGUUCAGCUCAAGUGGCCGACCUUCCAAGCAAAAACAAAUCUGGCGUCGACACAUCUUCAAUACCCGAGUCAAGUGCCAAACCCCGUAUUUUGGACCAGGCGCCCGGAUCUUCCAAUGAAUUUAUGCCUAAGUUACUAUGUCCCAGUAGAAAGGCUCCAGCACUAUGUGAAGAUGAUAAGUUGCUUGAUGAUUUCAACAUAGAUGAGAUGGAUUUUGAACUUGAGAACUAUUCGGAACUUUUUGAUUUUGCUCUCAACCACUCUGAAGAGUUUUUUGAAAAUGGUGGUAUCAAUAGCUUAUUUGAGAGAAAAGACAUGUCUGCUAGUGCUGGUGAUUCAAAUUGUCAAGGUGCUUUUGCUGCUGAGGGGUCAUCAGCAAGGUUUGUUAGUGCUAUCCAACCAGAAUGCAGCAAUGCUGCAUCUGCAGAUUCAAUAUUAAGUACUAAAACUGAACCGGUUAUUUAUUUUACGGAAAGACAAUCAAACCUUUCAUUUUCUGGCGUUAACAAAGAUGCUAGUGCUGGUGACUAUCAAGAGUGUGGUACUUCUUCAAUGCUUCUCACAGGGGAGCCUCCCUGGUGUCCUCCUUGCCCCGAGAAUUCUAUUCAAUCUGCUAAUCGCAGCAAUGCUGUCAUGCGUUAUAAGGAAAAGAAAAAGAAUCGAAAGUUUGAUAAGAAAGUAAGAUAUGCUUCUCGGAAGGCAAGGGCUGAUGUCAGAAAACGUGUGAAAGGCCGGUUCGUCAAAGCUGGGGAAACAUACGACUAUGACCCUUUGAGUCAAACUAGAAGCUGCUGAGUGCACACUUUUUAACCAUGUCCUAUGAAAGGAAAGAAACACUCAGCAAAAAGAGUAGUAUAUUCUUCUAAAGAAUGGAUGAAAUUUGAUGCAAAUACAAACCGUCUGAUUUAACGCAGGAGCCUAUAAUAUCUUCAAGAAGGUUGUAACAAAGUCAUAUUUCAAUGAAAUGGCAGUAUAAGCUUGGAAGGGAACGCGCGUCCUUCACCGCGAAGGAUAUCCAAAUUGUGAUGUCAACUAAACAUGUCACAAGGUGCCCCAUCAAGCAACGUGCCUUGAAUUUUGAUUCCCUUUAUGAGGCAGAUCAUGGUUCUUGAUUUUAUUCUAAUGCACAAUUCUUUGUUAGUCCUUUGGUCACGAUAUUGUUCACGGUUUGCAUUAUUCAUGUUAAUUUCACACUAAUUUAAGCCUAUGUAUGUAGAACUGCUAGAGAUGGCAUGAUAAGUGUUACUGUUGUAGAAAAUAAUGUUUUGUUUUGCAUACAUGUAGAUGGAGUUGUAAUUGCUAAAUAGUCACUUAAAUGAAAAUUGUACAUUUGAAGGUUAUGUAAAGAAUAGGAUGUCAUUUAUCAUGAUGAUAGGUUGAACAUGUAUUGGUAGAAGUUUUGUUGGUAUUGUUUGGGUCAAUGUUUGUAUUCUUCAAUUGUAAACCCUCUUUAAAAGAACUGCAACUAUUUGUCAGAAAUUAUGUGUAUGUUAAAGUA